AUGUCGUCCUCAAUCCUGUCCUCGCGGCCACAGACAGCGCGCCGUUCGUCAAGAGUUCCUGGCGGUUUUGAUCCAGACGAGGAGGACGACGUGUCACCUGCAAGCAGUGUCAACAAUGAUUCGUACAGUGACUCCCAUCAUACCUUCUCGCUCCCCUCAGGCCCGCAGGAUCCAAGCAGUCUUCUGCAGCCAGUCGACGAAAACACAAACCUCGGUCUACCAGCUAAUAUGACUUUGGACGAAAGCGCCAUGAACAAAAAACUCCUGGACAUCGAAUCGAGCUUCAACCCCGACCCUUCCCAAAUGACUAACGAGAGCUCGCAAAACCUUCCCCUUGAUGAUACUCACCAGUUUGGCGUCUUGAACAAUAAGGUUGCAGUGCGAAAGAAGCCCCAUCCUAUCCAAAUAUCAUAUGCCAACCAGGACGACGAAAGCCUCCUCCUUCCUAGCCGCGUCGAAGUCCACUCUCCUCGCACACCGCCCGGUGGCUAUAAAACUCCCGCGCUUGAACAGCAAGAAUUUCAUGACAUGGAUGCCACCGAAGACGCUAUACCGCUCGCCCCUAAUACUUCCGCUCUUGAAAACAUGUCUUCCUCUCCAACCGCUGCUGCUACGGCGCGGACACUACAAAGGGUUCAGUCUCUGGCGACAAUAGGUGGCUAUGAGACCGCUAACGAGCAGGAAGAUGCGCCUUCCGCUGACAGAGAAAGUGCCGUUUCGCAGGAAGAUGUUGAUGCCACCCCUAGGAAGGAUGGCGUACACCCUGACAACAAUGGCCGCUUUUUAGAAGUGCCAGGCAGUGUCGAUGGACAGCAGGAGUCGUCCGAUGGGAACUCUCGACCAUCUAGAAGGCCUCGAUACCUCCACAAGCGAUCAUCUCAGGCCCGUUUGUCCUACGACUCAAUGGCAAGCUCGAAUACGGAUGCUAGUGACGCCACUCUCGGAGCAGAUUUCGCCCUUCAAUCAGGUGGCGCAGUGCCCGAUUCUCAGCGGAAAACAAGAAAUACCAUUUCUCGGCAAGCCAGUCUUGGGAGCAUGAUGUCUGGCAUCUCGAGUAUGAGUGAUGACGAUCGCCAACAACGACAAGCCGGUGCACCUGAUUUAAGCACUCUGGAAGAGGAAAGCCCCAGAUCCAACAAAGCUGGAGGUCUGUUAACUCCCAAGGCUUCGACGUUCAGUUUCAAAAUGCCUACUGAUACUGUCAUCGCGAAUAAUGUUCGAGAUCUGGAGGUGCCUGGCACUUUUGCUCGACAAUACCGCCAAGAACGAAACCUUUCACCGGAAAAGGCCACCAUCAUCGGCAUGACGCCGGGCCCGAAGCGAGGGCUAACUUUGAAGGAGCAUCGCAGCACCGUCGAAAAACUAGGCAAGGAGAAUUUCGACUUGAAGAUGAAGAUUCAUUUCCUAGACCAAGCACUUCAGAAACGGUCUGAAGACGGUAUCAAGGAGAUGAUCACAGAAAAUGUACAACUAAAGUCCGAUCGGUUGAGGUUGGAAAAGGAUAAUCAUAAUUUACGAAAGCAAGUUCGAGAGCUGCAGAAAAAACUCGAAGAAAACGGUGAAAGAGAAUCUCCCACGGCAGACCAAGGUUACGGAACCGAUGAAGAAAGGAGUCCGACCGCGGAAGAAGAAGUGCUAUACCUUCGUGAACGAGUGGAGAUUACAGAGAUCGAGAUUGAGAAAUUACGAUCGGAAAAUCUAGCGAAGGAAUCAGAGAAGCGAAGACUAGCUGAAAUGGUCAAAUCGCUUGGAGAUACUCGUGCUGCAACUUCCGACGUCGGUUCGCGAGAAGAGCGCGACAUGUGGAAGGACAUGCUUGAAGCCGAAACCAUUGCUCGAGAACAAUCCGAAGAAGACAACAAGAGACUACGGGAAGAAAAUCAAAGACUGAAAAGUGAUUCUCUUAGUCAAAGCAAGUCCUUGUCUCGGAAACCACGGAUGGGCAGCUCAGUAGUCUCUCGCUCUAGCAGCUUUGAGGCAGCAAACGCACAGAACGCCGAGCUCGAGAGACUGAGACACGAAGUCUCAGAACUCCAAAAGAUGAUUGGAGCCCAAGCUUCGACAUUGACAUCCCGUAACAAGGAGAAAGAGCGUCUGUAUCAGGAAAUUGAGGAUUUGAAGCUUGGCCGAUUGGGAGGUCUGCGGUCUGUUGCUGGCGACAGUAUUCUUGACAGGUCUGCAUCGAGAGCGAGAUCGCAUUCACGUGCAAGCAAUGGGACUCGCGUCUCCCGACUGAGUGAUCAAGAACGAGAGGGCCUCGAGACCCGGAUCAAUGAACUCCGAGAUGAGGUUUCCCAACUCAAACUUGAGAAUCAGACUCUGCAAGGCCAAUUCGACGAGGCCCUUGCCGAGCUGGAUGCGGUCGAUGCUCAGGCGCAAGCAGAUGCUGAUCAGUUCAAUGAAGAGCUCCACAUACUUACUCAAGAGCGCGAUAAUGCGCUCCGAGAUGCUGAAGAGCAAGACCUUGCGUUCCAGAGUCUGAAGUCUGAGUUCCAGGGUGAAAUUGACGGAAUGGCAGACGAGUUUGACGCCAAGGUGGACGAAUGCAAUCGGCUUGAUCAAGAACUCAAGGAUCAAAUCGAAAACGUCAAAGCGCUUCAAUCAGAGAUGCGAUCAGCCUCGGAGGGACUGGUUCGACUGGAAGAAGAUGCUCAGCAAAAUCUCUCGCGGUACCAGUCUGUCAAGGGCGAGCUGGAUGACGCUAACAAGGAGCUUGAAAGUCUCGAGAAGAAUCUUGCUGAGGCCGAAAUCAAAAUCCAAAGGCUGACAGUUCAACAGGAGAGCAGUCAUAAUGAGAUUGCAUUCCUUCGUGAAGAGCAGGACGGUGACAAGAUCAAAAUUGGAGAUCUUGAAUCACUUCUCAAGAAGGUCCACCUUAACUUGGAGUCCGAAAGAGAGAAGAGUCGAGAUUUGGAACGGCGGAUUAGUGAAGAACGGUCUCAAAGAGAGACAGUGGCAAGCCAAGAGAAGCAGGAUGUGCAGAGAAUCAUCAAUGACCUCAACCGCGAAGCUACUGGGACGAAAGAUGAGCUUCGACGAGUACGGAAAGCUCUUUCAUCUCGUAACAUCGAGGCCGACGCCUUUAAGGAUCGCUUGACCGAGUUGGAGGAGAGCCUGCGCAACAUCAUCGGCGAUCCAAAUGCCACUCGAACGGGCUUGAUUGGAGCCGUCGGUCGAAUGAGCCGAGACCUCGAACAGACUACUAUGGAGCUUGCAUCAGUGAAGAGUCGACUUGAGGAAAGCGAAAGCCUUCUCGCUGAUCGUGAUACCCUACUUGAGUCUACCAGCCAUGAGUGCCGCAGGUUAGCAGACUCGUUUGAGAGAGAGAAACAAGGUCGACGACAAGACAAGAUCGACUUUGAGCGUGCGAAUAAAGGCCAUAAUUCCACAACUCGCGCACUCACCAAUUCAUCGGCAAGAAUUGCUGAAUUGGAGGGAUUACGACAGACGGACAGGAAACGUAUGGCACAGAUGGAGGCUCAGCUCAAGGAGCAGCUCACUGAGCGAAAUCAGAUCUUACUCAAUCUCUGGAAGAAGCUGUCUGCAAUGUGUGGUCCAGAUUGGGCCCAUAACAACAGUCUUAUCAAUGGCAAUCUCCCAUCACAAGAGGUAAUUGGUAAUAUGCUCUUUUGGCCUGGUUUCAGUCGAAACUUGCUACUUGCUGCCAAGCAGGUGGAAGGAACUCUUUCUACUUUCAGAGACAAGAUCAAGCGAGUUGAACGAGAACUGUACAAAGAGUAUCAAGCCUUGGAGCAAACCCUUGAGGUGCGUACUCGCAAGCUCGAAAGGAUCGAAGAGAGCUGGGAGAAGAUGAAGCUCAAAAUGAGCGAAAUGGAGCUCCAUAGCAAUGCUGAACAUGCACCACGGACACCAAGGUCGGGCAGAACACCUGAGAUCAGCAAGCUCAAGGGAGAGAAUAGGCUAUUGAAGGCGGAGCUCCAGCUGCUGCAACAGCAACAAGUGCACCACCACAUGCAUCAGCGACGAGAUCGAAAUGAAAGUCGGGCUUCUGGUUAUUCAAGUGUGAUGUCUGGCGAGGGCGUCAACCAAAACGUUGAUGGUGCGGUGAAUGGGGUUGUUGGAGUUCCGACCCGGUCAUCAAGCAUGAGGCGCAGCCGUAAUAUGGAACUGCAGCGACAUCAUACCACGGGCAUUGUUGAACAUCUUGCCAGUACGAAUUAUGAGGUCACGUCGAUGCGCUCGAAUUCGAUCUCCAGUCGAAAUUCCGGUUUGACGCCAAGUGAGCGAGAGCGGGGAGGAUUGAUGGUUCCUGCGGGACCGUUCAAUGCCCCGGUUAACGGCAACUUUGCGCUCCCUCCACCACCAAGGGAAGCGCCACCGGCACCUCCCAGUACAGCGUCGGGAUCAGAUCUGGGGAGCCUUAGCACCGCCAUCACUAUUGGCGGCCCAGGAGGCCCAGGACAUGAGAAAUGGAUCCACCGACUUAGGGAGUUGGAAAGGAGACUGAAGCAGGAGCGGGAAGCACGCCUCUUGGAUCGCAGCGGAGCUCGCAAAAGACUCGAAGAGCGCGACGCGGUCAACGAAGAACUCAGGCGAGAGCUGGAACGCGAGCGAGUCAGGAAGAGCACCGAAAACCCACCCGACGGUAUCUUGCCUCCUCCGCAGUAUCCAGCGUUGGAAGCUCCACCGGCUGAGCUGGAGGGUGCAAGCACGCUCCUCCUGACUGAUGGGCAUAGGAACGGAGUUGGGCUCGGAAUUGGGCAUGGGCAUGGGCAUGGGCAUGGGAGCGGAAACGGCAGUGGGAAUGGGAGCGGGACAAGGAAGCGCUAG